GAACUGCUAAAAAGCCCGUGGCGCUUGGGUGCCGCUUCCGAAUUGUAAUUUGGUCAAGGACUCAGCAUUCCCAUCGCAAGCUUAAACGCUACACUCCGACCACACAACGCUCCAACCUAGCACAAUGGCGAGCAAAGUUUUCAAAGCUUCUAUAUCGACGAAGACGGCCCCAAUCGCAAUCAUUGGUGCUGGACCAUGCGGUCUCACACUCGCUCGACUGCUCGAGCGUCAAAAGGUCGACUAUGUAGUCUACGAACGAGACGAGAGCGCCACAUCAGCUAACGCCGGUGGCUCAUUGGAUAUUCACGAGGCGACUGGUCAGGCAGCUCUUCGGAAAGCGGGCCUGUGGGAUGCGUUUCGCAAGGAAGCGAGAUGGGAAGACGACAGAUUCACGGUAUACGACAAAUUUGGAAAGCAACAUCUCGACGGCAAAAGCAAUGGCGGUGUUGAUGAAGCAGGUCGGCCCGAAAUAGACCGCAAAACGCUGCGGCAAAUACUUCUAGACUCCGUACCGAAAGAGAAGAUCAAAUGGGGGAGCACUUUGAAAGCUGUCAAAAUGCAUCAGGCUGGCUUACCAGCCCUUGAGUUCACCUCAGGUGCGACUGUUGAAGGGUUCAAGCUUGUGGUUGGCACCGACGGUGCUUGGAGUAAGGUUCGCUCAAUGAUUACGCAAGUCAAGCCCCAGUACUCUGGUAGAACAUACGUGGAAGCCCAAAUUACGGAAGAAAAUCCACUGUUCAAGUCAGUUCUUGACAAGUUCGGGCAUGGAACUGCGUCUUUGCUGGCAGGAGCCAGCCAAAUGAUUGUACAAAGACAAGGCAACGGAUGGUACAGGGUUUACUUCGGGAUACAAGCUCCCGAGCACUAUGUUGGCAGAGAGCUCGACUCAGCAAGCGUUGAGGCUUUGCGAAAGUCACUGCUAUCCGACUUCUACAGCGACUGGGCAGAGGAAGCCAAGGACUUCGUCCGACACGCAGACCAUUUCCGCAGUUGGCCGUUGUAUCACCUCCCUGUUGAAAGUCAAAAUUGGACGACGGUGCCAGGCCUGGCUCUGGCUGGAGAUGCAGCCCACUUGGCACUUCCCAACGGCGAAGGCGUCAACUGUGCUAUGUGGGAUGCGGUGGAGCUGGCUAAGAGUAUUGAGACCCAUGGCCUCGACAACCUGGACGAGGCGGUUCGGGAAUAUGAGAAGGAUCUCUUGGUUCGGGGCAAAGCUCAUAUCGAAGACGGCAUACAGCUCGGAAAUCUGAUGUCGCAUGAGACAGGACCAGCUGCCUUGGUGAAGGCUUUUCAAGAGAACGACUUCUGAAUCACAACAGGAAAAGAAGAUGAGCUGCAGGGCACAUUUUUGCAUGGAAACAUCAAAUACCCUGACACACCUAGAUUCCAAUCGUUUCUUAUUAUAUAGUCCCUUCAUUCUUCUCUUCGUACUGACGAUAGAACCAGUUGAUAUCUUUUAAUCAACUCCGACCUUACAAUAAACUUGAAAGGAAAACCUAAAAACUUCAACACC